AUGUCUCAAUGAACUUAGCGACUUUCCUCACCGUGUUUUACUGUAGUAAAGGGCUUUACGGCCCGAACGGAACGGAUAAUGAGGUUCGCUCGACAUCAGCAUCAUCUCCAGGAUGACUUCUUUUUCAUCUUGGUAACUACAGCAAGCUUCCUAAGGGUUCGUGACUCGGAGGGGAGCAUGGUUUUGAGUGAGGGGCACUCUGCCACACCCCUGCACCUCUGUGCGUUCCACAGUUUCCUAGAGAAGUGGAAGGGGACAGGAUGGACAGCUUCCUGUCCUGUACUGCGACGGUCUGUUCAGCGCCCCCAGGACUCCCUUGUUGCACAGCUUCUCUGUCUCCUGCUGGCUGCCCUGUGCCUCCCCGACUGUACCCAAGCGGCUGUGUUCCGGGUAGGUGUGGUAGGGCCCUGGUCGUGUGACCCACUGUUUGCCAAGGCGCAGCCCAGACUGGCCGCUUGGUUGGCUGUGAACAGGAUCAACGCUGGCGCCUCCCUGUCAUUGUCCACCACCAUUGAACCUGCUAUCCUGCAGGAGGACUGCCACACCUCACAUGCCCUGGGUAGCUUUCUGGUCUAUGGCACAUGGGUGUCAGCCUUUGUAGGGCCCACCAACCCCGGCUACUGCGAAGCAGCGUCACACUUAGGCCAUAGCUGGAACAAGGCCCUCUUUUCUUGGGCGUGCAUUACCCCUGAGAUGGACACUGUGCCUCGCCACCCGACCUUUAUCCGGACUUUUCCCUCACCCGCCACCAUUCUGCUGGGUUUCCUUCGCUACUUCCGCUGGGCCUUCAUUGGUAUCUUGUCUUCUCCGGAGGACAGCUGGGUGGAGACAGCUAGCCAGCUGGCGAAUGCACUUCGCAGUCAUGGUCUCCUGGUGAAGCUUGUGGCUUCAGUGGGCAACAACACUAGCAGCAUGCGGUACACACUGGCCAAGGUCAGGACGAUGGACCUGCGAGUGGCAGUGCUGGUCAUGCACUCUGCAUUGAUUGGUGGCAACACGCAGAAGCUCCUGCUGGAGACGGCUUAUGACAUGCACAUGACGCGCGGCCCCCUGGUGUUCAUUCCGUAUGACACGCUGCUGUAUAGCCUCCCAUACCGGGAUGAACGCUACCCAGCCCUGCGAGGCGGCAAGCUGCUACAGGCCUACGACGCCAUGCUCACCAUCACCAUUGACUCCCCAGAUAUCUCCUUCUACCAAGCUUACCAGGAGGCCAUAGACCGUGGAGAGCUUCCUGUCACCAUCCCACCCCAGCAGGUGUCUCCUUUGUUUGGCACAAUCUAUGACUCCAUCCUGCUCCUGGCCCAUGCCAUGCGGAACCUUGAGGAUGCUGGGGAGUGGCCUUCGGGAACAAACCUGGCGCGCCAUGCCCAAAGCUUAGACUUUUAUGGCUUUAGUCAGACAAUCCUCACCAACCAAUCAGGCACCGUCUUGCUGGACUAUGUGGUGCUAGACACCGAUGGGCGGUCCUGGGAGCUCCACCCCACCCACAUCCUAGAUCUAAAGGCUGGCGUGGUGCGGUCACUCGGUCGGGCCAUCAAUUUCCCCCGUGGAGUCUCCCCCAAGAUGGAUUCAAACUGCUGGUUUACACACACCACCAUCUGUGAGGGAGGUGUGGAUCUGGUCUUUGCAGUCAUCAUCAGUUUGAUAGUCUUCAUGAUGACUGCUUGCUUGCUGGGAAUUUCCUACUGGAUAAGGCGUCGUAUCAACCAGAUGAAACUGGCCAAGGGUAUCAGCAAGAUACUGCUGAAACUGGAAGAUGUCACUUUCAUCAAUCCAUCACUAAGCAUCAAGAAGUUGAGUCUGGAUGACAGCAGGACCAGUGAAAUGGGGAGGAGCAUGUCAGAUAUGGAACGCAGCCUCAAGUCACCGUUCUCUGCCUUGAGUCCAACUCCUGCCACCCUGGAGAACUCCAAUGUGGCUGUGUAUGACGGGGACUGGGCUUGGUUGAAAAGGUUUCCUCAUGGAGACUUCACUGAAAUCACCUCAAAAACCAGUGAUGUCUUUGAGCUGAUGAAGGACAUGCGUCAUGAGAAUGUCAACCCUUUCAUUGGGUUCUUCCACGACUGUGGAGUUUUCGCCAUCAUGACAGAGUACUGCUCCCGCGGUAGUUUGGAGGACUUGCUCUACACCGAUGGCCUUAAACUGGACUGGAUGUUCAAGUCUUCACUCCUGAUGGACCUCAUCAAGGGUAUGAGGUACCUGCACCACAGGGGAGUGAGUCAUGGCCGGCUCAAGUCACGGAACUGUGUGGUGGAUGGCCGCUUCGUGCUCAAGGUGACAGACUACGGCUACAACAAGGUGUUCGAGGCCCAGAAGUUUCCCUAUGUAGAGCCAGCGGCUGAGGACCUGCUGUGGACUGCUCCCGAGAUCCUGCGGGGCCUAAGCCCAGGUCUGACUGGCAGCCUUCAAGGCGAUGUAUACAGCUUUGCUAUUGUCAUGCAGGAGGUGGUGAUGUGCGGUCCUCCAUUCUGCAUGCUGGAUCAGUCAGCGGAAGAGAUAAUCCGUAAGGUCCGCAUGCCCCCACCGCUGUGCCGUCCAGUGGUCUUGGAGGACUCCACCCCUUCGACAUGUGUCCAGCUGAUGAAGCAGUGCUGGGAUGAGCAGCCUGACCGGCGGCCAAACUUUGACGAGAUAUUCAUCCAGUUUAAAAAUAUCAACAAGGGGAAGAAGACCAACAUCAUUGACUCCAUGCUGCGCAUGCUUGAGCAGUACUCCAGCAACCUCGAGGAGCUCAUCCGGGAGCGCACUGAGGAGCUGGAGAUGGAGAAACAGAAGACUGAGAAGCUCCUCACUCAGAUGCUUCCCCUGUCAGUGGCCAAGGCCCUAAAGAUGGGCCGCAAUGUGGAGCCAGAGUACUUUGACAGUGUGACCCUGUACUUCAGUGACAUUGUGGGGUUCACCACCAUCUCUGCUAACAGUGAACCCAUCGAUGUAGUGGACCUCCUCAAUGACCUCUACAGUCUCUUUGAUGCCAUCAUUGGGAACCACGAUGUCUACAAGGUAGAGACCAUUGGCGAUGCCUACAUGGUGGCAUCGGGGUUGCCCGUUGCCAAUGGUGACCGGCAUGCUGCUGAAAUCUCCAACAUGGCCCUGGACAUCCUGAGUGCAAUGGGUACGUUCAAGAUGAGGCACAUGCCCAACAUGCCAGUGCUCAUCCGCAUUGGAAUUCAUUCAGGUCCCUGUGUGGCAGGGGUUGUUGGCCUUACCAUGCCCAGGUACUGCUUGUUUGGAGACACAGUCAAUACAGCAUCCAGAAUGGAGGCAACAGGAAUGCCGCACCGCAUCCAUGUGAGCCACAGCACAGUGCAGCUGCUCUGGGCGCUGAAAUCUGGAUACCGGAUCCAGCUGCGUGGGCAGUCUGAACUGAAGGGCAAAAACAUGGAAAACACCUACUGGUUGACAGGCAAGGAUUCGUUCAGCAAACCCCUGCCGGUGCCACCUGAGCUUGGCCUGGGGCAGGAGAUGGACAAGGACUUCAGGCUGCUCCUGAAGAAGGCGGUGAGAAAGCUCUCGCAUGUUCGCCAUGUAACUCAGAGGAUUGUGCUGGAUGAUAGCAGUGUGAUGAUGCACCACCACUGACAGCCGGCAGCGGAAACACGCCACACUAUGGUGGCUGGGGAGGGACAAGCCAGGGAAGAGGAGCCCAAGCGCCAACCUUACUAACCCCAGACUCACCAUAAUGUUUACAGAGCGGGGUGGUGGCUACACCUGCUACUGCCACAUCUGCUGUACGAGGGGUGUCAGGCUUUGGGUUUGGGAUUCUGCAUGAGUAAGGAGGCUGAGGACAGCUGGGCGAGAAGAGGAGAUGGAGAGAGAGACAGAGGGGGUGGGGGGCACUGCCUCAGUCUGUGCUCUACAGCAGUUCCUGGAGGGAGUUUUCAGAAAAGGUCCACAGCAGCUCUGCGGCACUUGUUGGACUCACUCAGAGCGUGAACCCGUUAUUCCGGCAGUGAGGAGAUUAGGCUCGUGUUCAGCAUGAGUCACCUUGAAGGAUGAUGUGCAGGUAUAAAUAGCAGCGAUGGAUUGUAUUAAUCGGCACCAGGAGGAUCAGUGCAGGCCCCACAACUCAGGAAACGAAGGUGACGAAGUUCAUUCUGACUCUGAGCCGCACAGUGGUGGGAAGAACUCUGUCUGUACUGCCCCAUGUGGCUCUACUGUGACUUCCUGCGCUGGGCUUGUCGCCCCAGGUUCUCCGGAAGGGAUACUGCAAAGAGGACUGUACAGACAUUAACAUGUAUAUUACCACAAAGUUAAUACUGCUGCUUUUUCUAUCAUACCAUAUUUAUUCUAAAGUAGAUUAUUUUGUUGUGUAAUACAGAUCUAAGAAUGUAUAAGUGCAUUGACAUGUCAUUUGUUAAAAUAA